AGGUGGAAAAGUUCUUGGGAUGGCGACGCUGGCAAGAAAACGUAUACGCUCAUUGGAAUUCUUCACCACGACUGCAAUAGUUUCCUUCCUUGCCCAGUUGGCCGCAGCCGAGCCUUUAGAUACAGAAAACAAGACCCAGCCAGCUGUCGAUGCCCUAAAGAAGUUCACGAUAGAAGAAUUGCAUGAUUACAAUGGCCAGGACAAGAGCAAGCCCGUGCUCGUUGCACUCAAGGGGAAAGUGUUCGAUGUCACCUCAGAAACCCGUUUUUAUGUCCCAGGAAAACCAUACGCACAGUUCUCUGGAAGGGACAUAACAAGGUCCACGGCCAUGUUCUCAACAGCUGUUGAGGAUCUGGAUCGGGUGGACUAUCCUAAGGAGAAGGAGGAAUAUCUUGAGAAAAUAUUCCAAAGCACUUAUGUACGGAAGUAUCCCAUAGUCGGGGAACUGCUGCCGUACGAAAGCAAAAUGCCAGAGCCUUCAACCAGCAGUGAGCGGCAUGAAGUGCCAUCGCGUGCAAGAGAGUUGGGAUCUGAUGUAAUCAAGAGUUGGCUCACUUCUCUUUUUCAAUACGUCGGGAUCAUGAGCUCUGGGGAUACAAAGCGUGAGCUUAGACGAUAGGCUUGCUAUGAUCAGAUGUAAACAACAGUUGUACAUGUUCAAUACACUUCCACACAAGGGUAAUCGGUUAUCAACAAAGGAAUUUUUAUAUCG